CCUUCAGCCUUGACCAAAACACGGUGCCUACUGUGCUUAUUCAUGGUGGUGUGUUUAACCACAAAAGCGACAAAUCUCUGCUCUUCACACCAGAAAACGGCACCGGACACAACUAAGAAUGUUCACCAUUUGAUCAUUUCUGGGUUAACGCAGUGAAAGAAGUUUGUUUUCUUUGAUGCUGCUUUUAAAAUUUCUAUUACUUUGAGACUGGGAGCAUCAGUGCCAUGGCUAUCAAUGCAGAUGUGGCGGACUGGGGUGGAAUAGGCAGCACAGACUCUGGAGAGAGGGCCCGGCUGCUGCAGAGCCCCAGUGUAGACUCUGUGCCCUACAUUGAGACAGAGAGGAGAGGUGGUGGUGUGUCCUCUAUUGGAGCUGUAUUCAUUGUAGUCAAUGCUGCUCUGGGAGCAGGCUUACUCAAUUUUCCUGCAGCUUUUAGUAUGGCUGGAGGAGUUACAGCUGGAGUGAUGCUACAGAUGUUCAUGCUGAUCUUCAUUAUUAGUGGGUUGGUGAUCCUUGGUUACUGCUCUCGGGUCAGUAAUGAAAGCACCUAUCAAGAGGUGGUACGAGCCACAUGUGGGAAGGUGACUGGAAUUUUAUGUGAAGUAGCCAUUGCUAUUUACACAUUUGGCACCUGCAUUGCAUUCUUCAUAGUUAUUGGAGAUCAACUGGAUCGCUUAAUUGAAGCUGCAAAUCAUGAUGGUUCAGACAGCCACCCUUGGUAUAUGGAUAGAAAGUUUACUAUUUCCAUGACAGCAGUCCUUGUUAUACUCCCUCUCUCCAUUCCCAAAGAAAUUGGUUUUCAGAAAUAUGCCAGCGCAAUAAGUGUAAUAGGGACCUGGUAUGUUACAAUAGUUGUCAUCAUAAAGUACAUCUGGCCAGAUAAAAACGACAUGCCGGGGUACAUUCCCAUCAGCUCUACACCUUGGACGGCAGUGUUCAAUGCUAUGCCCACUAUCUGCUUUGGCUUCCAGUGUCAUGUCAGCGCUGUGCCGGUCUUUAACAGUAUGACAAAAAAAGAGAUCAAACCAUGGGGACUUGUCGUAACACUCAGUAUGUUCAUCUGCCUCUUUGUGUACACAGGGACAGGUGUUUGUGGAUUCUUGACAUUUGGCUCUGGUGUCCAACAGGAUGUGUUGAUGUCAUAUCCACCGAAUGACAUUGCUGUGGCAUUUGCAAGAGCUUUUAUUGUUGUCUGUGUUGUCACUUCAUACCCAAUCUUACACUUUUGCGGGAGGGCCGUGAUAGAGGGGCUGUGGCUGCGUUUUCAGGGGGAACAAGUGGAGGUGUGUGUGCGUCGUGAGCAGAGGAGGAGGAUCCUCCAGACACUAGUGUGGUUUAUAAUUACCCUUGUUCUAGCUCUUUUUAUACCUGAUAUUGGACGGGUAAUCUCACUGAUUGGAGGUCUGGCUGCCUGCUUUAUUUUUGUUUUCCCAGGCUUAUGCCUGAUGCAAGCGAAACUAUCGGAGACAGACAAUCGGUCUAUCAGCUGGCAUGGGAUGGUCAUCUUUGGUGUGGUCAUGGUGACACUCGGAGCAUUCAUUUUUGGCCUCACAACAUCAAACUCAAUCUAUCAAGAUGUUAAGACAUGAGAAGUGUUAAACUGAUCAUGUAUCAUCAGAGACUGCUGCAAAGACAGAAUAUAGGCCAUCACAAGGUACAGUCAAUAGUCAAACCUCCAAAGACAUUAUGUGAACUUGUGGACUUGGAGAUCAACCGACAACAGACAUUGAUUUUAAAUGGAUAGAAAAAUAUUGUAUUUUAACUUUUUUUUUUUUUUUGACAAAACAUGUCUUUGGGUUUUUUAUCAUUGAUGUAUCACCAACUUGUUAGUGAUGAGACUACAUUCUGCUGGUUUAAUUCAGGGUAAUACAUAUAUAAAUUUCAGCAUUUUAGUAAGCAUGGUGACAUGACUUGGUAAGAGAUGACCUACUAAAAUAGCUACCAUCAAUAAUUAUGAUCCAAGUGAUUUAGAACACUCAGUAUUCAUUAGUUUGCACUACUGCUAAUUGUGUUGAUCAUUUGUGCACAUUGGUGUACAACAAAGGUCAUUGAUGACACUAUAUAUAUAUGUGUAAAAAGCAUGUUAUAUCUUUUGAGUCUGAAAGUGAAGGGCAUGUGGCUGCUCACUGCAUAUUUUGUUCUCCUUUUUAUACUAGCUAAGUCAGAUGACAAGUCAAAGUUCAAACUGUGACAGUGAGUUAAGUUAUUCUUUUGUCUUGAUACUUGAAGGUAUUUAUUUGAUACAAGUACCACUAUUCAACUGAAAGCUUUUAUUGUAUUGCUUUCCAGAAUGCUCCAUCCGUGUUAUUAAAUAGCAAAAGGGAUACAAGUCUAAUUGAUUUAUCUUGCCUAAUUCAUUUAUGAAAGGGACUAAAUGUGGCCUUGGAAGGUUAUGAAGUCACUAGACAUUUGAAUUUUUUUGUUUCUUUAAUUUUAUUUGGGACUUUUUAAAUUGUGUAUAUAUAUAUAUAUUUUUUAAUAUAUAUAUGUUUUUUUUGUGUUUUUUUUUACAAACGGUUACUUUGAAUAACUACACAGGAAGUGUCAAACAGUAAAUUGUUUAAUAAAAAGACAAAUGAAAGAAACAACUUA